UUAAUCUCACAUAACAAAUAAUAACAUUUAAGGACUGACACUCGCAUCUCUAUUCGAAGAUAAUUGACACAGGAAAUAUCCUAUUGCGCGUUUUAAACUGUUAAUUCAGAAUCGAGAUGAACGUUGUACUAUCGUUGUAUCAUCAAGGUUGAAUUUUGACUUUUGUAUUUCGAUUUUCGUAUAUUCCAAAAUAAUCGAUUGAAGGUGUUCGUGCUUGUUCGUGAAAUUUUUCGGGUAGUAAGUACGUUUCUAUCGAUUUGUGCAAGUGGACAAUCACGUAUCCCCUUACGGUUUUGUGGUUGUUUAUGACAAGUUUCCUUUUUGAUAUUUUAUGAGAAGCCGGUAAUGGCUUAGCCGGCACGAGCGCAGGUCGCAGAAAGCAUGGCCAGAGUGCAGGUGGUCAGGUGGACUUGGGCUAUGUUGGCUGGACUGUGCGCUCUGGCCACAUGCGAAGUACAACAGCAAUGUCCCUCCCGUACAGAAAUGUCACCAUGUUUGUGUAUGACGAAAAAGAAUGGCCUGGACAUCUUGUGCGAGUUCACCGACCAGCAGCACAUCGUGGACGCGAUGAGCAUUCUGAAGAGGAAGUCCCUGAUAAUAUUCUACCUCAAGUUGCGCCACAACAACUUAAGGAAACUGCCGGGAUUCGUGUUUCUAGGGCUGGACAUACGACACCUCACGAUUCACAACAGCAGUCUGUCUGUUGUCGAAGAGUCCUCCCUGAGUUCGAUAGGUAAAAUGUUGACGCAGCUUGACGUAUCACAAAACAGCUUAACCACCGUACCCUCUGCCGCAUAUAGGAAUCUUCAUCAGCUUCUUAUUCUGAACAUGAACCACAACAAAAUCAGCAGUUUACACGGCAAGGCAUUUCAGGGACUUGAUACUUUGGAAAUACUCACGUUGUAUGAAAACAAACUAACAUCUAUUGAUUCGGAGGCUUUCGUUGGAUUGGAGAAAAAGCUGAAGCGACUGAAUUUGGGUGGAAAUAGUCUGACGGAUAUACCACAAAAGGCGCUAGCUCCCUUGGAUAUGCUGAAAAAGCUCGAACUCCAAGAGAAUAGGAUUUCCCAGAUAAGCGAAGGGGAUUUUGAAGGGUUGAAAAAUUUGGAUUCACUUGGUUUGGCGCACAACAAACUGAGAGAACUUCCAUCUAGGGUUUUCUCUCAUCUGACACUCUUGAAUUCGUUGGAAUUGGAUGGAAAUGACAUCGAUACUGUACAUCCUGAGGCCUUCGCUGGAUUGGAAGAAAACUUGCAAUAUUUACGAUUAGGAGAUAACAAAAUUCAUACUAUUCCAACUGAGGCUCUGAAACGAUUGCACCGCUUGAGACAUCUAGACUUGAGGUCCAAUAACAUCAGUUACAUAUCUGAAGACGCAUUUGCUGGCUAUGGAGAUUCCAUCACUUUCCUCAAUCUCCAGAAAAACGACAUCAGCACUUUAUCUGGAAUGACGUUCGAUAAUUUGAAUUCCUUGGAAACCCUGAAUCUUCAGAAUAACAAGCUUUUGCAUGUACCUGAAGAAGUUAUGGAAAACGUUUUGGACACACUCAGGGUAAUCGAUCUCAUGGACAAUCCACUUAUUUGUGACUGCGAUCUCCAGUGGUACCGGAAUUGGAUAAAGGGACUGAAGGAUAAAGAUGACGAAAUGAUGCAGAAGAAGAGAACUGUAUGUUUGUAUUCUCAGGAUCAGAGAGAGUACAGUUUGCAAUCUCUACCUUUAGAGAAGAUGAACUGCGUAAUAAAGUCUUACGAUUCUCUUAAUAACAAUGGAAAAUCAGCUAGAAUAGAGUUAUUGGCCCCAAUAACUAUAAGUGUUUUAGCUUGCACCGUGAUAUUCUUUUAACGAAUCAUCUAAAGAGAAUCGAUUAGUGUUUAGGGACAUCCUGAAUUGUAUUUUAUAGCACGAAGAGUGCUAUAAGAAACUGUUCAGGUUAUUGCAAUUUUUGUUAUAGUUCGAGUAGAGUAACUCGUAGUGAGUUGUAGUUUCUCAUAGUCAAAAAAUUAGGUGAAUAUAUUUUUUAUUCGAAUCGUCAUAAAUUCAUAUUCUUUCUGUAUGGCAUGAAAUAUUUUCUUAGUUAUUCCAAUUUAAAGAAUAUCCAGAAACCGCUUUUCUAAGCUAGAUAAAUUAAAAUUUCCUAAAAUUUUAGUAUUCUGUAUUGAAAUGUGUAGUUUGUCGAAAACAUAUCAUAAAGUUCCGAGUAUUGCUUAUGGAGACCAGAAUCGUGUAGAGCCUUUCAAUAUUUCAUGGUAUUGAAUUGAUUGUUUGUCUUCAUACUUCACUCGAACAUAAAGGUAACUUUUGGACUGAUUCAGGAGUACGCCUUAAUAAUCCACUGUUUCAUUGAUGUCCCAAUAUCUGUAGUAGAUGUCAUUUUCUCUAUAUAUAUCUUGAUGUAUGCUAGAUGUAGAAAUUUCUUCUGGACGUAUUUUAUCGUGUGGUUAAUGAAUUUAAUUUCUUUAAGGAUUUUGUUCAUAAUCCUUGUUUGAUAUCGCACACCAAGCCUUAAUAUUGGGACAAGCAGUAAUCUGCUUGAGGAAAAAUAUAUUAUGGUGGAUUCUUCAAAAUUAUCCAUAUCAUAUUAUGUGCCGCAAUAAAUGAUGGUAACCCAUUUUCGAAAAUUUUCGACCAUCGGUAUCUGAACGUUUUGGGACAGUGAAAGUUUCUAUUGUAAAUUUUCAUAAACGCGAUGUACCGAUGUUGUUCCGAAUUGCAUGAGCCAAAAAUUUUGUGAGCUUGAUAUAAUCAUAUCAUUAGUAUUAAAAAAUAUAUAUCUUAUAUAAUAUAUACAUAAAUAUAGUAAUUGGUAAGUUUUAGAUCAGAAAUUGGUACAUUUUUCGAUGCACUAUAUGCAGUGUGAUAGUAAAAUUCCUUCUGAUCAAUCGUAUGCAUAUCAGGAAAUCUCGGUGUUCUUUGUGACUGAAAUAGCUCUACCCGUACCUUACCCAUCUAGAGAAUAGGUUGUAACUUUUUUCAGGAAUUACGGAAAGUUCGGAUUAGGAAUACCAUAUUUAGGGUAGUUUAAGGAAAGUCUGAAUGUCAAUUAUUGGUCUGAAAUACUAAGCAUAUCAUCAUUCGAAUGUAGAAAUACAUUUCAGUGUCUAUUGAAUAUUCUAGCAAUUAUUGAUUUAAUUGUUAGGAAGAAAUUCAAGUCUCAGAUCAGUAAGUUAAAAGUGCGGGUUACAUUGAGAAAAUCGGAAUUUUACCGGGAAAAUAAACAAAUUUUUCCUGUCUCUACAUAUCAUUUAAUAUAUCUGCGAUAAACUAUAUGUACACGUAUUGUCAAAGAUAUUUUGUAGGUUUAUUAUUAUAAGAGGUUAAAUUUGAUGAGCGAGAGAUAUUUUAGUGAAGACGUUUAUUGCAACCCUGUCCCCCCUGACAGUGUUGCCAGACCAUUUCAAGACAUAUCUGAUCGCGACGUUGCCGAGCUACACGUUUUUAUGUCCAGCUCAAAGAAACCAUCAGAUUUAAUAUUUUUCUAAUAUUCUAGUGUCAGGUCGUUAUCACAUAAAAACGUGUAGGAAACGUCCGAUCGCGUAACCUUUUUACGAUUUUACCGUGUAUGAUAUAUCUGGUAGGUGUUAUUAAUGUGCACAUCAUUGCAUAUCCAGAGUUAGGUUAUAUAUUCAUCUUUGACAAACUGGCUGUUGUGUUUUGUGUCAUAAUAUAUCCCAGUUAAUAUUAUUCAAUGUUUCAGAAAUGUAAUAUUCUAUGUAUAAUGUGAAACUUAAAUAAAGAGAAGGUUUACGCUGCAAA